CGAAUCGGUCACGCGAUGCUGGCCGCCUUUAAAGCAGGCCGUGGACCGCGGACAGGUCACAGUGGAGAGAUGAGGUCGCAGCUGAUUGGACUGCUGCUCGUCGGACUCGGCUUGAGCCUGGCUCGGGCCCGACCGCAGAAUCCCUUGGAGAAUUUGGCGCUGGGCGCCAUGAACGUGGCCGCCAAUGUCGCCGAGGCUGUGCAGGGUGGCGCGGCCAUCAAUCGUGACUUUAAUGUGGAUAAUCCCCUGAUGUCGGUGCACUCGAAGACGGCCGCGGGCUUUGGCGACGCCAUGCGGCCGCCUUCUGGCGGCGACUCCUCCGAGUCCGAGGAGCGAAGGCGACGCAGGAGAAGACGGAGCUUGCAGCAGGCCCAGCGGUCCCAGCGGUCCCAGCGGAUCAAGCGUGCGCCCUGCCACUGGAAGAUGACCAUGCCCACGGAGCCUGCCGGCGAGGACGAGGUGGAGGCGCGCAAGAAGCGGGCCCGCAAGCGAGCCGCCAACAACGCCUCCCGAUCCCGCAUCACUCCCAAGAAGAGCACCAAGAAGAAGAAGCUCCUACGAAGGAGACGCCAGCAGCCCUCGCAGCAAGCUGGCGGCGGACAGCAGCAGCAGCAGGCAGCGGCGAGCCUUGGCGAUCGCCUCAAGGGCAUGUGGCUUACCCUGGUGGACAACGUCGCGGAUGCGGUGCAGCAGAUGCAGAAGAAGAUAACCAGCGCGGCAGGAGCAGCCGCAGCAGGCCGCAGCUAGGUGGGAUACCCCGAUACCCCGAUACCCCACCCCACCCCAUCCACAGUGUUACUUUUUGUUUUGGUUUUUUUUUUGUGUUGCAAAUAAGUUAAAUCUAAUAAAAGUAAAUGGAAAUCU